GUACUUUUCUUCCUCUCAUUGCACAAAAACAGGCAUCUUUGGGGAGUGCUGCAGAAGGGUUUUCAGAGACAUGGCUCAUAAUUUGGCUGCUGUUUCAUUCCACUUUCCACAGCUUAUUAUAAACAGGAAAUGCCAUCAGCAAAGGCAUUGUUUUAGAAGCUUUGCAGUGAAGAACAACAACAAUAAUCAUCAAAACCCACCAAUUUUCUCUCUUAGAUUCUCCACUUUUCAUCCACUUUUUGAGUCUCCUAAUGUAACCAAACAAAACCCUUUCUUUAAUUUUCCAUCUUUUUUGUUCUUCAAAUCGUGUUUAUCGUCGCAGGCUUCGUUUGAUGAAUACAUUGGAGACGAAGAUCGAUUGUUGAGAGCUACUUUUUCGGGAAAAAGUGAAAAAUUAAACAAGGGUGAAUGGAGAGUCGAAAUGCCUUCUUUUCAAUUGCUAUUCCUCAAGCUUAGCCCUGUCGUUGACGUGAGACUAAGUUGCAAAAGCUCUACCAAAGAUUACCCUAUUCAUAUUCCUCGUCAUGUCUCUAAAUUUCUUGACCUUCAAAUGAUGAGAUGGGAGGUGAGGGGAAUGGGCAAAGAUUUCAAGCCGCAAAUGUUCAGAAUCAGUGUAAAAGGAGUUAUGUAUGCGAUUAGAACAGAAUCAGAAUCAAAAAGUAUGCUGAGAAAUCAUUUGAUUCUCGAUCUUCACAGCUUUGAUUCGCCAAUACCCACUGAUUUUCUUCAACCAUUUGCAGAAAAGGGAUUGGAGGGAAUGAUGAAGGAAAGUAUGAGAGAUUUUACACAAAAUUUGGUUUUGGAUUACACCAAAUACAAGAAGGAGAAGCAAAACAAGAAUGCCUAAUAUCUCUUACAUUUGUUUUUUAUACCAUAAUGUUAUUAUUUAUUUUAUUUUAGAUUUUAAUUAUUAAUGUAAUUUAGAUAUUAUUUUCCAUAAAUAAUUAAAUGGAAAUUAUUUUGGUGUUGUAUUAAAAGUCAAAGGCUUUAUAUGA